AUGUUCGAAAUUAUGAAAACUUUUGGUGAGGAGUUCAAAAAUGAGUGGUGGAGAGAUCUGUUUCAAGUUGCAUUUCGCAUAUUUGAUGUUAUGAAGCUAGCGGAAGAGCAAAAUGAGAAACGUGAAUGGAUGCGAACAACAUGUAAUCACGCACUUUAUGCAGUUGUUGAUGUAUUCACGCAAUAUUACUCAGUUUUGUCCACUAUAUUAUUAACAAAUAUCUAUGAGCAGCUGUAUUGGUGUGCACAACAAGAAAAUGAGCAGUUGGCUCGAUCGGCGAUCAACUGUUUGGAAAGCCUGAUCUUGCUGAAUGGAUCAAAGUUCACGAGUUCGAUGUGGGAUGAAACGAUUGUUUUGAUUGCUAACAUUUUCAACAUUACACUUCCUCACUCGUAA